AUGGUUCUUCAGGACUUGGGGCGACGCAUAAAUGCCGCCGUCAGCGACUUGACCAGGUCAAAUACGGUUGACGAGAAGGCGUUGGAUGCUAUGAUAAAAGAGAUAUGCGCAGCUCUUCUGUCUGCCGAUGUAAACGUUCGACUGGUGCAACAGUUGCGCAAAUCUAUAAAGGCUGCCGUGCAGCUCCCCUCCAUACCCCCAGCAGUCAAUAAGAAACGUCUAAUCCAGAAAGCCGUCUUCGAUCAACUUGUUGCGCUUGUUGACCCUCAUGCAGAGCCUUUUAAGCCGAAGAAGGGCAAGUCUAAUGUCAUUAUGAUGGUUGGUCUACAGGGUGCCGGAAAGACAACCACAUGUACAAAGCUGGCAAGACAUUAUCAGACCAAGGGGUUCAAGGCGGCCCUCGUCUGUGCGGAUACCUUCCGUGCCGGUGCCUUUGAUCAGCUCAAGCAGAAUGCGACAAAAGCAAAGAUUCCAUAUUACGGUAGCUUGACGCAGACUGACCCUGUUAUCGUUUCAUCAGAGGGUGUGGCGAAGUUCAAGAAAGAGCGGUUUGAUAUCAUCAUCGUUGAUACCAGUGGUAGACAUAGACAGGAGGAAGAUUUGUUUGCUGAAAUGACGCAAAUUCAAGCCGCCAUAAAACCAGAUCAAACUAUCAUGGUCCUUGAUAGCACAAUCGGUCAAGCGGCAGAGUCGCAAUCCGCAGCUUUCAAGUCAGCGGCUGAUUUUGGAGCAAUCAUCAUUACGAAAACAGAUGGCCAUGCAGCAGGUGGUGGUGCAAUCUCUGCCGUCGCUGCUACUCGCACGCCUAUUAUCUUUUUAGGAACUGGUGAACAUAUGCUUGACCUGGAGAGGUUUGCACCGCAGCCAUUUAUCCAAAAACUGCUCGGAAUGGGUGACAUGGCUAGUCUGGUAGAGCACGUUCAGGCGGUAACGAAGGACUCCGCCGGCGCGAAGGAGACAUAUAAGCAUAUCUCCGAGGGAAUAUUUACUCUACGGGAUUUCCGCGAAAACAUUACAUCCAUCAUGAAAAUGGGACCUCUCUCGAAAAUAUCAAGCAUGAUACCCGGUCUGUCCAAUUUAACGUCUGGUCUCGAUGACGAGGAUGGUUCACUCAAACUCCGGCGCAUGAUUUACAUUUUUGACAGUAUGACUGCCUCUGAGCUAGACGGCGAUGGUAAGGUCUUCAUCGACCAGCCAACUAGAAUCGUACGACUGGCCUGUGGAAGCGGAACGACCGUUAGGGAAGUUGAAGAUCUGCUUUCUCAACAUAAGAUGAUGGCUGGCAUGGCCAAGAAGGUUGGCGGACAAAAGAAACAGAUGCAACGUGCACAGAAUAUGUUGAAGGGCAGUAAUAAGGAGCAGCAAAUGGCUGCUAUGCAGAAGAGGAUGGCUGCCAUGGGUGGAGCCGGAAUGCCGGGUAUGCCUGGCAUGGGGGAUAUGCAACAGAUGAUGCAGAUGUUACAAGGAGGCGGUGCAGGCGGUGGUGGGAUGCCCGGUCUAGGGGGUAUGGACUUGCAAAGCAUGAUGAGCCAGAUGAGUGGCCUCAUGGGAGGUAUGGGUGGCAUGGGAGGUGGCCGCGGAGGCAGCAGCAGGGGGCGAGGCCGAUAG